AAGGAGCUCCAAUGUUGUGUCGCGUGUUCUAUCUACUCUUGGUCAGCGAAGAACAGAACAGAUCCAUUUUACACUUUCUCAAUCACCCAGUCGUACGUCAAGCUUAACCGCGACAGGUCCGCUAGCGGUGCAGAUUCGCCGAUGUGACGAUUUAAUGGCAAAAUCUGUUACAUUCCGGGCGCCACGGCCGAGGAGAUACAUAUGAAGCUGCUCGGCUGGACGCUAGUAGAGAGGUUCAUUAAUGAAACGGCAUGCUUGUAAGAGACUGGCUGCACAUCGCCACGUGGGAUGAAUGAAGAGGAAUUGUUGAAACGGUCUGCUGCAGAGCGUGAUAGGAUUUUCAGUUGCUAUGAUCGUGGUAGGGAGGGUGCUGAGAUUGAUCCUUGGGAGGAUCCCGGCUAUGAAGUUUAUCAUACCACAGAUAGAUAUGGAUUCAUACACGAUAAGAGGUUACCACAGAAACGGGAUGCAUAUGAGGUCAAGUUGCAUCACGUAGAGAUGGAAAGACUGAAAAAAUGGGAGAAAAUGACGAAACAAUGGGAUAGUGCCUCGACAAAGGAAAAACUACGCCGUAGAAUAUACAAAGGAAUUCCUAAUAGAUUUCGUGGUCAAGUAUGGACCUUACUUUUAGGAAUAAAGACUCUAAAAAAGGAGCAGGCAGGCAAAUAUGAAGAGAUGCUACAGUUGGCCCGCCAAUGGUCUACGGAGAUACGACAGAUUGAUGCCGACGUUGCCAGACAAUACAGAGAUCAUAUUAAUUAUAGAGAGAGAUAUAGCAUAAAACAAAAGUCUAUGUUUUACGUACUGGCUGCCUACAGUAUGUACAACAUGGAAGUAGGAUAUUGCCAAGGAAUGUCUGUACUAGCUGGUCUACUGCUGCUUUACAUGGAUGAGGAAGAUGCUUUCUGGGGCCUUUCUGUGUUGCUUGCCGAUCAAAAAUAUAGCAUGCAUGGCUUUUACGUCGAUGGAUUUCCUAAAUUAAAUCGCUUCAUAGAGCACCAUGACAAGAUAAUGAACAAAUUUUUGCCGAAACUGAAAAGAAAAAUGGAUAAGUGCGGCUGCGAUUCUAUACUCUAUGCGUUGAAGUGGUUCUUCGUUGUUUUUCAAGAAAGAACUCCUGUUAGUCUUGGUCUCCGUAUCUGGGACAUAUUUCUGUUGGAUGGUGAUCGCAUGUUGUCGGCAAUGGCAUAUACCGUUAUGAAGCUGCAUAAGCGCUAUUUGAUCCCGAUGGAGAGUCUUGAUGAAUUUUGCAAUUAUCUGCAAAUCAAGCUGGAAAAGGAUUUUUGUUUCGAUGACGACACCGUGAUAAGUACGAUGGAGCGCAGCAUGGAAGAGUUAAAGCGUGCCAAAUUAGACUAUUCAGGUGCCCCGUUGCCACAUGAACUACCCCGUUAUCCGUUUGGUACUUUCCAAGAACCAACUUUUACCAGCAAGGUUGGAAGGCGAAGCGAAGAAUUUAGCGAAGCUCAGCAUGUAAUGCGAGAGUCAGUGGCGCAACGCAGGGAUAUGACAUUGAUCGACGACGGCAGGGAGAGCACCACGCCUGUCGAGCCGACUAGUGGUCUUGGCGGAAGUAAAUUCUCCUUUGAUCCGAGUCUCGACGAGGGCACAUCUCCCAACGGCUCUCGUCGGUCGUUAGCCGAGACGUCGGUGACAUCGACGGCUGAUUUGUCGGUAUUCAGCUCGGCGACGCGUUCCCAGGUCCUGGACAACAGUCUGGACACUCAGAGUAAUAUCUCGAACGCGAGCUCGGGCAGCGGCGGUCUGCCCACACCGCGAGCGACGCCGCAUCAGCCCAGUCCAGACGUUGUGCGAAUCUACGUGCCGUAUACGUCGCCCACGUACACGUCGUCGGCAGUGGCUUCUUACAAGGAUGACCUCCCGCGCACACUGCCCCGUUCCCUGGACACCAACAAGAUUCGCAUCCGCAUUGAUCCAGAUCAGACUCCUAUUGUCGAGAAUCUAAAGCCGUUCACACUCGAGAGUCCAGAAGUCGAAUUAGAUUUGAAAUAA